AAAAAUUGCGCACAAAUCUCGACUUCGAAAUUGUUCAUCCUUUUUUCCCUUUUUGGAAAGGUAUGCCAUUUGUCAUCGCUUCUCCUCAACUGCGGCGUACUCCUUGGUGAAGCGUUCCACUUUGCCUCCCCUCCUUGGCAGUGGGCAAAAAUAACACCUCACCAGUUGUAAAUUUCCCCUUUUUGAAAAAUGAGCGAAGAAAAUGAACAACACAAAGAUGCCCUCCUCCAAGAAAUGACUGAAUACAAAAACAACAGCAAGAAGUUCCCAGAUAUGCUGAGAAGUUACGUAAAGGAGAAUAUCUCAGAUCAGAGGCUCGCAGAAAGAUUUUUAAAAGAAUUCGAUGACUCCUACUUAAAGAUUAUGAACCUUGAUGAACUGGAGCUUCUCUGCUCGUUCAUCCUGAAGAGGAAAAACGUCCAAGUGAAGUAGCCCCCCUGGCUAAGCAGGGGGAGUUCCCAUUGAAAGGGGGCAUUCCCCCACUUGGCACGCCUUCGUCUGAGAAGUUCAUUUGUUAUGUAGAAUUAUGCAGAAUUAUGCAGAAGAGUAGACAAAAAAAAAAGGCCCAAAAAUUUUCCUACCAUGUUGGUGACAAAAAAUGACGGAUGACUGUGCAACGUUACUCUCGUUGGAUGGUUGCAUCAGUUAUUCCCCCUUUCGCCUCCGUUGAGUACCCCCUUUACCGCUUCGUGCACACGCAAGAUGCACUGCAUGAGGUGUACGGAGGGGUCGUCCUGAUCGAAGCGGACAUUUUUCAACAUAUAACUAAUCAC